AUGCCUUCUCGGCCUCCUCCUAUGAUGGCUGAACCUGUUUGGGACGAGGAACCAGCUGCUCCUCCCUCUACCCCACUGCCCACAGGUGAGCCCGACGCCUCUGGCGCCAUUUCGCCGCCCAACCCAGCCCCUUCUUCACCUGGCGAGGAUACUGCCUCCUUCCCACACAACCCUGCUCCACUUUUGCCCGGCGGGAAUGCUUCUUCACAUCCUCCAUCACCAGGUCUCGAUAAUGAGGGUUCUUCUUCACCCACGCCCGCUAUGGCUCGGCCCGCAGCUCCCUCGAGUUCUCCCGAGCCACCUACAGCUCCCGAUGCACCUGCCCCGCGGCGUGGUGAUCGCCAGCGCCAACCUUCAGUUCGGUUGCGCGGUUUUGAUGUGGAUCUACCUGGUUUUGCUGGCUCCACCACAACCACCUACCCGAUUGAAGACUACCUCACUUAUCAACGCCUUUCACAGGCUCAUCAUGCCUUUGUCGCAGCUGUCACCAGCCACGACGAGCCUCGUUUCUUCUAA